CCUCCCACCCCCACCCCGGGGACCCCACCGGUCACAGCGGCCGCCGAGAGGGCCCCGCCGGUAGUCGCUCGGCAGCACACCGCCAGCACAGCACACCACCUCGCGACACCGCUCCACAACAGCUGUUGGUGCCGGAUUGAACACCUGCAGACGAGCGAGACACAGCCGCAGCCAUGCUGUUCCAUAACAACCUCGACAUGAUAGGCAGGAACGAGCCCAUCACAAGGAAGGCCAAGUUCUGGCAGUCCUACGUCCGCGCCCUCAAGGGCACGGACGACAUGCGCGCGCCGGACCGCGUGUCGCACCGCCCACGCGGCCUCUUCCGGCCGCUCUUCUCCGACUUCCCCGACCUGCCGGGCGCGCCCUGGCUGUCGCCCAAGUCGAUCUACGACGAGCCGUCACACGCCGCAGAGCGCAUCUCCACGCCCGGCUACCGCUACCUGCCCGUAUCCAGGGAGAUCUACGGCUACUCGCCACGCAACCUGUACCCGUUGCCCUCCGACAGGUACCGACCCGGACCGUGGUCGUCCCCCAAGGCGCUGAGUGACUACCUGGACCGCAUGUGGGCACUGGACAAACUGUACCCACUCAGGGGGCCAUCUCCUGCGACCGUGCGGUCCACCCCCGCUCGAGAGUACACGCCCACGCCAGAAGGCGGAAAGACGCUCGGCUACAACUAUGCAGGCCAGCCGAUCUACAGCCGGGGCGGCAGCCUGGUGCGGCGACCCCUGUCCGAGCUGUUCGAGCCGCUGACGACACUGCCACUGUCUCGCAUCACGCGAGACCCCUGGUGGUGGGACUACCCACACCUGCGGCCCUACGAGUCGCCCUACAACUGGCUCUGGCCCAAGACGCCCUUCUACCUGCGUGACAGCUACCUGUCCCCCGUCAAGAGGACCUACCUGUGGUACAAGCACCCCAUCCGGCCCUUCGACUGGCCCCUCUACACACCAAGUGGAGCGCUGUACAGGAGGCCCCUGUCAGUGAUGAUUGACCCCUUCACCAUUGAGCCCCUGUCGUGGGACCGCCGUGACCCCCUGCUGGACCCGUACCCCCAGAUUGGUGCCAAGUACCGCAGGCCCGAGGCGUGGGAAUACCCCAGGCACCGGCUGCAUGCCCCCCUCCUCUGGGACUACCCGGCCCUGCGCCCCCAUGGACAGUCAUACGGAUACCUGUGGGCCAAGUCCCGGUCUUGGCUGUCUGACUGGUAUAACUUCUAGAGCACUGCAGCUGAAGCUACAAACUCUGCAUGGAGGAGAUGAAAGAAGAAAAAGCGAUGACUACAGUUAACUCUCUUCCACGCAAGAUCACAUCGGUAGUCUCAGUGUUUACCGCCAACUGUGAUUAUUUGUUAAUUCUGUGUCACAUACAGCCUCUUAUUAUUAUUUUUUGGUUGCUUUAUCCCAAUAAUCUAUGCGAACUGAUGGAAAAGUAACAUCAUGUCAGAAAUUCAGAAACAUCCAUGUAUAUAAAAUGCACUGCCUCUUCUAAUAUCCUUAUAUUUUAUAUUUUUCAUAAAAUCAUGGUAAGAUUAAAUAAACAAUCAUCACAAAAAAUCAUUCUGUACAUACCAGUCCUGAAAUGGGACUGGAUGAUGUGCACCAUAAAUUACAGUCAAAACUUACAUUUUACAUUGACAGUAAGUAAAUGUCCAUAAGUUCUGUCAGGUUUCAUUUUCUAAUUCAUUAACAUAUCAUGCUUUCAUUGUAUUAUUUCAUUAUGAAACUUCACAACUGCAUACAAUAAGCUGUAUAACAUGCAUUUUUGUAAAUAUCUUGCAUAUUUAUUGUAUGUAAUGCAAAUAAAAAUAUUUUUCAAAA